UAAUUUUUCGCGUGUGUUCCACUUCUGCCUAUUUUAAUCUCGCGCAGUUAUGUCCGAUCAUUAAAUGUGCAAGUGCCUCCAGUAAUUGUUCGUCUAAAAUUACCUCCAAUCAACUCUUUUUCGACAGCACCAUGAGUCACAGCCCCCAUAAACUCAACACCAUUCUCAUUUAACCGAAGAUAUUUUUAAAUCAAAAAGGCUUUGGGGCGCUCCACCACAGAAACCAUCACUGCCACGAGGUAAACGAGACAUGUCUUCAUCCUCUCGGAGCACUCCGAACAUUUACGAGAACAACAAUGAUAUCAAAGUAGCAAAUGGGAAGAUGACGGACACGAGAACGACGAAUUCGCCGCAACCGAUCCCCAGCCCGAAGGUCCAGUUCAGGUCGUCGAAGCCGUCACGGUGCUGCAGUUGCCUACAUCUCAAUAACCUCUGGUCUUUGUGGUACGGUAUUUUUGGAACGGCGCUACAAGCCUACACCGCUAUCAAAUGCGUAAAGAGGAUCUUGGGCUACUCGCUACUCUCGUGGCCAGAAAACUUGUCAGUUCCGUAUUUGGAACUCAACUGCAGCUUGGGACUGACGGGAGCCGCGAUUCUCCUGCUGCCGGUUUUCCUCAUCGCGACCCUCUUCAAGAUUGGCAACCUGGCGAACGACGGGUUCAAGCUGGGGCGCCAGUUGAGUACGUGCAGCAAAGAACCGGCGAAGGAGGUCCUCGCGAGCAAUGGAAGCUGCAGGCUUUUCCGACACGGCGGUCCCACGGCGCCUUUUGUACAUUUGAUGAUUGCUUUUUGCUUGCUGGUGCCGAAACUCUUGAUGGAAGCUCGCUUAAUCGAAGCGGGAUUCCUCUCACAAGAUUGGAUAUGGCGCACUGAUUUAGAUUUUAUGGGGCUUCAUAAAGAUCGAAUGGUAAUUCUGAGUUUCAUGACUGCGAACAACACUAACGCUGCGUCGAUCGCCCAAGUGAAAAGAGCGGCUAUUACCACCCCCGCGCCGCUCACCCCUCUACCUUUCACCAGCAACUCGGUUGUGACGAAUACUGUAAUCAAAACACUAAAGGAUUUUAUAGGGCACGAGAAUCAUACCAAUUACGAACACAAGAAUAUAGAAACCGGAUGGGGUAGCUCCGUUAGCGUCGAAUACAUGAAUUUAGUGAUCGCUCUUAUGGUUUACUCCAUAAGGUAUCCCGCGAUCUUCUGGUCAACGAACAAAUGUCUAGGCACAAUUUUUUCCUUCCAGCUACUCAUUAACGCCUUACAUACGCUUUUGGCCUACGCCGGAAUGUCUAUUUUAUACAAAGUGCAAAUCGUCGGUGGCUGGAAAACUCUCCCUUUGCUCAAACAUGAACAUAGUACCUUAUUCACCUUUAGCAAAAUGUCGCCGUUUUUGCUUAACCCACAAGUUACUCUAGCACUCUACAUGAUGUCUACUCUUUUAAUACUCUCUUCUAGUCUAGUUUUAUAUCUGUACGGCCACACGAGGUUCAACGCCUUUUUGAACCAAGAACGCGAAAGAAAAGUCAUCAUGUUGAAAGAAGGCGGCAGCAACAAGUGGAGCUAUUUCACCCACUGUGCGGCAUUGUGCGUUCUCGUCUCAGUCGGAAUCUGCAACGCUCCCUUACUCCACGAUUAUACCGUCCUCUACAAAGGGAGUCUAGACGAUACAACUCUGGCCUGUAUAGUAGGUGGAAUUCUUCACCUCUUCUUCUGGAUCGUAAUUUGGUUGUUUCUGACAAUAAAACAAACGUGGAUUUUUAAGUUGAGGGUCACGGUCGGGAGAGCUACGGUACGUCAAGCCCGCUCUCUUAAACUCGUGACUGACAUCGACUUGAUGACCUCACGCGUGGAAGAUUUAUCACAACAACCCCUUCUCAUUGUGGGUAAUGGUCGCACCUACAACAUCACCGAGACCUCUCCAAAGAAAGCCAUCAUGAGCGUCAUUCAAAAAGCUACAAUGAACAAAAGAGCACCUAAUGGUUCGGUCUGUAAUCAAGACGACGAAGAAGAACAAAUCUACUGGUUGCGGCCUGCCCUCGUCAGCCCGCAGUCGUCCCCCGACGAAGCCAAGCAGUUGUGCUGGUUCAAGAACAAGCCCAAACACAAAGUCACCUUUAACGAAACAACUAGUACGUCUGUUAAUCGUAAUAAAAAUGGUGGAGUACGAGGAAGACGAUUAACGACGAUGGAUGAGGAUGACGGGGAUUACGCGACGCUAAGGGAAAUUCCGCUGCCGCAACCCAUCAGGAGGCCGGAAAAUCGGGAAGACACCGUCAGCGAGGAGGGGAAGCUUCUGGCUUGCGUUCAAGACGAACACGUAACUUACGCUAGUAACAAUCAGGAUCUAAUCCCUCCCGUAGAUUACGAGGAUCCGAGUCCCUUACUAACACCAGAACCACUAUACGCACAAAAAACACCCGCAUCUGUCAUUGUUCAUAAUCAUGAAACCCAGAACGCGUCCGGCCAGACUCCGCGCUGCUUGAGGAGGGCGGAUUCGGGCAUGCCCCACGAGGAACUCACUCCCCGCUCCGACACUCUCAGUACCGAGAGCUCCACCUCCCCGCCCGAAGCCCCGGGCAGCAACCACAGCGAGACCUCUAGCGGCGUCCAUUCCAACGACAGCGUCGACCACAAAACCACGCGUCGCGCCACCAGCGUCGUUGAUCUAGUCCAGAACCGCGAAGAGAUUCAGUGGAAGUCGUCGUCGUUGCAGAGGAACACCCCCGCGCCGACCAGUGCUGGUCCCCCUCCCGCCCCUUUCGCGCCCAAAGCCGAGGCCGGCCACCCGGCCGUGAUCCUGGAGAACCCCGCCGAGAGCACGGUAGUGAUACGAAGGAAGGUGAGCCGGCCGAUCACGGCGGACAUCGCGCAAGGGGUGGUACUGAAGGAGGAGCCGUUCGGGCGGGCCACUAAUAUGAGGAUGACGUCGUUCAUGGAGAAGAGCGACCUGGGGAACAUGCAGGCGUCGUCGGCGACGCUGCCGCAUUUUCCGACGCAACCUAUGCAAAAUGUAUACGCGCAUUGCUCCACGAUGCCGCUACCGCAGCAACAUGUGCCUAAUGGGCAGAAUCUAGUCGCUGGAAACAGCUGCAACGUGUAUCCUCGUCAGCAUACGACGCUGCCUACGCAUCACAACGGGGUGAAGUUGUUUCAUCCGCAGAAUCCGUACGUCACGAGGUUUAAAUGUAAGCAAGCUGAGCCAAUCAAAACCAAUGUCCAUGAACCCAUUUAUACGGGGGUGAAUAAGGCUGGAGAUAUGUAUCAUUAUAACUCUUAAAUGUCGGGGAAUUCCCCGGAUGAAGGACCACGUGCAUUUACUUCUCAUAUAUAUCACUUGUUCAUAUCGUUACACUCUUUUUUCAUCACUAUGGCAACAAUAAACAAAGGAAAAUACACAAUAAUUUAGCGUUAGGUUUUAUAUGGAGAAGUAUACACAUGGUAGUUAGGAUUAAAUUUUGUAUAUAUACAGUGUAGUUAAUGAAAUAAUUUUAUAUUGAUUGGUAGAGUAAUUUUUUUAUUUCUUACUAAGUGAAUGUGGUCAGGUCAGGUUCUAGUCACUAGUCGUUAUACGAAGGAGGAUAUUUUAUUUAUCAGCUUUUUAAUGUAAUUUAACAUGUUCGUGCCCCCCCCCCCCCCCCCCCCCCAUAGACCCAGAUGUGUAA